AUGGCGGCUUUCAUGUUUAAUGACCUCACUGCCUGGCAUAUCGACACGGAGAUAGAGGUGAGCCAGGCGGCUCCUGGUACCGACGGUGUCCGGGAACGGAGGGGCUCGUACGAAGCUGGAAGGAGGAACCAAGAUGAGGCACCUCAGUCCGGGAUGAACGGGCUUCCGAAACACUCCUACUGGCUGGAUCUCUGGCUCUUCAUCCUUUUCGACCUGGCCUUGUUCGUCUUCGUGUACCUCUUGCUCUGACCGGUUUGCUGAGU